AUGCCGGAGUUCGAGAAGUACAAUGGUAUUACUUGCCCAGAGGCCCAUAUCACGAUGUUUUGUAGAAAGAUGACCGGGUACGUAAACAAUGAUCAGCUGUUGAUCCAUUGUUUCCAAGACAGUUUAGUGGGAGCAGGAGCCAGGUGGUACAAUCAGUUGAGCCGAGCUAGAAUAAAUUCAUGGAGGGAUCUUGCGCAAGCCUUCAUGCAGCAGUACAAUCAUGUGACUGACGUGACUCCUGAUAGGAUCACUCUGCAAAACAUGGAGAAGAAGCCUAAUGAGAAUUUUAGGCAAUAUACGCAGAGGUGGAGAGAGGUGGUAUUGCAGGUUCAACAACCACUGCUGGAGAAGGGGACCACCAUGUUAUUCAUCAACACUCUGAAAGCUCCAUUCAUUACUCACAUGAUUGGAAGCACUACCAAAAGUUUUGCGGACAUAGUCAUGGCGGGAGAGAUGAUUGAGAAUGCCAUAAGAGGUGGAAAAAUUGAAGGGGAAGCGGCCAAAAGAUCGGCCCCAAGAAGAAAAGAUAACGAGGUGAACAACACAAGUAGCUUCAACUCGAAGGCAGUCACAGUUGGUCAACCCAAAGCAGGCACGGUUAGGCAACAAAGUUCUCAAGGACAAGAAUCUGGUACAAGGCACGAGAGGAUGCAAUUCACACCUAUCCCUCCUCCAUAUCCUAAAUGGUAUGAUGCAAACGCCAGAUGCAAAUACCACGCUGGAAUAUCGGGGCACUCAAUUGAAAAUUGUAUCGGAUUCAAGAAGGCCGUGGAGAGAUUGAUCAAGAUGGGGGUUGUGAAAUUUGAUAGUACCCCAAAUACUGAAAACCCUUUGCAAAAUCAUGACGAUCAAGGAGUGAAUGCCAUUGGCAAAGCUAGUAAGAGAAGGAUGAAGGAAAAUGUUGCUGAUGUGAGAAUGCCUAUGAAAGUGAUUUGGGAGGAGAUGAUGAAGAGAGGGAUGAUAACCUCUAGGAGAGAAAGAGAAAAAAAGGGAAACUACUGUGAGUUUCAUGGAGAAGAGGGUCAUGAGACCCAAAAUUGUGACGAAUUCAGAGCCUUGGUGCAAGGCUUUAUAGAUAAUAAAGAGCUACAAAUUUUUGAAGGUAGCUCUUAUAAAAGAGAAGUAAGUGUGCUAGAAGAUGAACAAAAAGGAACCAGCUGGCUAAGGAUUAUUAUCUCCCUGCCAGGGAAUAACGAAGUGGGGACACCAGCAGUGCCCAAAGUCAUUAUCCAUAAGCCUACUCCUUUCCCUUACAAAGAUAGCAAGAGAGUACCAUGGAGUUAUGACUGUAGUGUAACAAUGCCGGAGGAAGAAAAUAUAGCUAGCGCAUCUAAAAACGUGCAAGUUGAAGGUUCCCACACGCGGAGUGGGAAGCGUUAUGAUACGGGGGCGUCAGAGUGGAGCCCACAAAAACAAAAGGUGUCGAGGUUGAGAAGGAGAAAGAGACCGAAGUACCCAUCAAUGAGCCGGUGA